CGCGACCCAAAACUCGCCAGAAUCCUCUCAAUCUCGCCAGAAAAUCACGAUUUUCGAUGAUUUUUGCCGUUUUCACCCACUUCCGGCUAGCCAAACCAAAAUCCAAUCGCAUACCCAUUCUCCCCUCGUCAAGGGCGGCCUUCGCCAAAAUUUUGUGGGGAUUUGGAGCACAUUUUUUUGGUGAUGUCACCGCCAGUGAGGCUCGGACGAGCUUAUGGUGAGCUUCUAGCAAAGCUCCGACGACCCUCCUCCGGUUUGUUUUCGGCCAGUUUUUCGCCUUUCUCUCUAUCUCCUCACUUCCGCUACCCUUCCUACUUGAGUCUCCAGGUUUGUUUUCAACUCUACCUUGUUUAAUUUGGGAGAAUCGGAUUAGGUAGUGAUGCGAGGAGAAUUUUAGUGAAUUGAAUAUUGUACUUAGCAUUAGGGCGAGGAAUUAGGUGAAUUGUGGUGAAUGAAUGAUUGGAUGAUGUUGUCAUGAGCUUAGUUGAGGCUUGGUGGGCAUGUUUUGAUUCGAAUUGCUUUUAAUUGUGGAAUUUGCCCACCAAGUGCUAAUUUGUGAGUGAAUGUGCAAUUUUUAUGCUUGAGUGGUGGAUUGUAGCCACCGUGGCAUGUUUCGAAUUUAAUUUUUGUGUGGGUAAUCCGUGAAACACCUAGAACCAUGCUGGUGUGUGACUGGCACGAAACUACACCACAAUAAAAUCCCGAUUAGAGACCAAGUUUUUAAACUCUAGCUGAGUGUAGUAUAGAGCAAGUAUUUAGAUAUCAACCCGGGCUGGUCCGUCUACCCCUACUUCAGUUGUUUUAAUCAUUAUCUAGCAACAAAGUUUUGGUUUAAAAGUUUGCUAAUUGUACUAAAAUAGGACAAAGGUAAAUGGGUUUUGAAAACUCUUUUGUGGAAGGAUCACUUGGGUUUCGCUUCCCCCUAACUACUACCAUGAUAUGCGCAUUGGAACGAUUGUUGGGGCAAGGUAAUCGCAAAUAGCAGGGGGAUGCAUAUAGGGCCGAAGACCACAAUCUCAAUUGCUAAACUGAGGUAAACAUCAAAGGCUGUGUCACUCGACCCUCUCGGUUUAGGCAAUCGGUAGUUGACUUACUCCCUCACUCAACUCAAAGGUCGGACGGCUUGAUCGCGAUUAACCGAUGCUUAAUUCAACUUUGAGGGUUGCACUAAAUUAACCUAGUUAGGUGGCUUAAAAAGCUGAAGGAAAAUCAACUCGAUUGAGUCUCCCUGGGAAGGGGGAUUUUCCUCUCUAAGCUAGGUUAAGGUGGCUAAUUAGAUUGCUAGCCCCAACAUGCACAAACCUAAGGGUGCUAAGCACAAUUAUGCACAACCCCUAGGAUGCUAAGCACAAGCAUGUACAAUCAACAUGAAUAAUACCUCAAUCAUUGAAUUAAACAACACCCAUAUUCAACUCACAUAACAAAAACUACAUGGUAGAUAGUUAGGGUUUCACAACACCCAAGUGAAAAUGAAAUCUACUCCAUUCUAGAAAUGGGAGAAACACAAGGGGAAGAGGUAGAAACCAUCAUGGAGAGGCUUCUAAUCUUCUUUGCACUUGUGCUGAACUUCUCUUGUGGAGAAUCUUCCCAAAUCACCACUUGGAGCAAAACCCUGGCCUCCUUCUCCUUUGGUUCAUUCUAUCUCUCUCUAAAAUAUGAAGAAGGCAGUUUCUCACUCUUGGGCUCCCUCCUCUCUCUUCCUUUCAUCUCUUCUUUUAAACAGGGGUCGUGGUCAAUUCACGGUCGUGAACUCUGAAACGCGUCCAUGAACUCAAGAUGGCCGUCGAAACGCACCGCUUCGCUUGCACGGGUUCAUGGGCAACAGCUCUAGUUCACGGUCUUAGUGACUGUGAACUCAAUUAGCGUUAGUAACUUGAGAUUUGGCCAUGGGCGCCUUGAUGUUCAUGGGAAACAGCUCCUCUUCACGGUCUAAGCAGACUGUGAACAUCCAAGGAAAGCCGUGAACUGCCUUCUUUUAACCUAUUCUCCCGGUUUUUACUCCUUUUCGUCCAACUUUCGACUUCGGGGCUGGUUUCACCUGUUAGAUCCUGAAACAUGCUAAAUAAAAGAAACCUCGCAUAAAACCUCCCUUUUAGGAGUACAAUUUACAUAAACGCCUAAGGAAAACGGGGAUAAAAUAUGUACAAUUAAGCCCGAAUCACUCCCCCACACUUAGACAUUUUCUUGUCCCCAAGCAAACCAUUUCACACAAGGUAAUAUUUCAACCUACACAAAUACUUUGGGGACAACUCAAAGGGCUCAAAGUGGGAAUUCCCAAUGGCUAUUGGCAAUUAAUACAUGGACCGUUGCAAGCAAUACCGACAUCCACCACAAACGACAUUCGAGGCCAGCAAAAGUGGGCAAACGAAAAGUUCUCACCUUGUUCAUGGAUCAAUGCAAGUCUCAACAAGAUCACUUAUCAACCACAACCAACCAUGCAUAGAAUUCAAGUCCGAGGAACAAAUGGAAAGGCAAUAAAGGUCGUCACCAGGGUAUGAUAUGGCAUGAAAAACAAUAAUGAUCACUCACUCUCAAGACCAGUGGGGUCGAGACCUUUUUGGUGCAAAAGAUGUGCACAAUCAACAACACUCAUCCGUAUCAUCUCAAUAACAUGGCGGUAACCUAAAUGCUAGAGUUCACGGGAUGGUUGUCACCACUAGCUUGUCUAGAAGUCUUAGACACGGGUUCAAAUGAUUGGCGGUUGUCUUGGACAUGGGGAAAAGGCUUUUUGGGUGGUGGCAAUCAUGACAUGAGGUUCUACAUCUUCAACCUAAACCCGAAGGUUCUAUGGUUCCGACUAAAACCCUUCUUUUCAACCAAAGGACACAAGCAUCGGCCAAAAACCUUAUUUCUCCCUUCCAAACUAUCACCCAUCGUGAACUACAUUUAAGCGCUCUUCCUCGGUCAACUCUUGCUAUCACAUUAAGGUUUCGUAAAGGAGUUUUAAAACAAUGUGGAGGUUUCAAUGGCUUGAGUGCCAAGAAAUCCCCCCUAGAGCAUACACUUUGGUUUUUCGUGGCUCUCUCUACUUUAUUUACCCCGUUUUAUUACCUCUUUUUCAUUUCUCUUUUCUUUCCUUUCUUUUUUUUCUUUUCUUUCCUUUUUGAGGGGGGUACUAGAGAGUAAAAAUUUGCCACCUAUACAUUAAACGACCAAUGCUCUCUUUUCAAGAACUCACUCCAACACUACACUUUAUUUUUCGUUUCUAGCAAGAACCACACACAAUCCUCCUAUGUAGAACCUCUAUGGAAACUCAAAAGUGAGAGCUCCGGGACACACAGACGACUCAUGUUUAGACACGAAGAAAGGAUAGGGCGUCGUCCUAUUAACACCAUUAAUCUCACAAGCGCGAAGCUCCUAACUUAAGAACGACCCUCGAAGUCACAAGGCUCAAAGGGGUUGACUGGUGGACAACACAUUUGGGCAUGGACUAAUCCUAUGCCUCCAUCAUACUCCCUAGUGACAACUGUGAUGUUACUCGCUAUGGUAAGAGGGAUCUAACACAAGAAGAAAACGAUCGGCUCAAAGCUCACAUGGCUACCUAGUCAGCCAACCAUCUAUUCAAAUUCACAAACACAAUGCAUGGCAAUUGUAAUCAACAAGUAAUCGAGUCAAGACAUCCAUUCAUGUAUGCACACAUGAGAACUAAACUUUUGCAAUAUCCUAAUGGACCUCUCAGUCAUCAUCAUAAGAUAUACUCGAUCACAUGCAACAAUUCAAGAUCAAUGCCAAUAAACACAAGAUUUUCCA